CAGCUGACUCCUAUAGUGGAAGUCACUGUGGAGGCCGAUUCUGAAGCUGUUGCAGCAUCAGUUGCCCGGCCGGGGGCCCGAGCCGAACAGUCAUCAGAAUGUCGGGCAAAGACCGAAUUGAAAUCUUUCCCUCGCGAAUAGACAGGGUCAGGGCGGUGGUUCAUGCCCAUAAUGCCAGCACUUUGGGAAGCUGAGGCUGGAGAAUUGCUUGAGACCAGGAGUAGAGGCCACAGUGAGCUAUGAUCACACCACUGCACUCCAGCCUGGGUGACAGAGCAAGACCCUGUCUCAAAAAAAAAAAGGAAUCGGGCUGGGCGUGGUGGUUCACGCUGGUAAUCCCAGUACUUGGGAGAUUGAGGGCACAGACAAUCAUGAAGGCUCGGUUAAAGGGAGCACAGACAGGUCGAAACCUCCUGAAGAAAAAAUCUGAUGCCUUAACUCUUCGAUUCCGACAGAUCCUAAAGAAGAUAAUAGAGACUAAAAUGUUGAUGGGUAAAGUGAUGAGAGAAGCUGCCUUUUCACUAGCUGAAGCCAAGUUCACAGCAGGGGACUUCAGUACUACAGUUAUCCAAAAUGUAAAUAAAGCCCAAGUGAAGAUUCGAGCGAAGAAAGAUAAUGUAGCAGGUGUUACUUUGCCAGUAUUUGAACAUUACCAUGAAGGAACUGACAGUUAUGAACUGACUGGUUUAGCCAGAGGUGGAGAACAGUUGGCUAAAUUAAAGAGGAAUUACGCCAAAGCAGUGGAACUACUGGUGGAACUAGCUUCGCUGCAGACUUCCUUUGUUACCUUGGAUGAAGCUAUUAAGAUAACCAACAGGCGUGUAAAUGCCAUUGAACAUGGUGAGUUAUCAGUCAUCAUUCCCCGGAUUGAACGUACUCUUGCUUAUAUCAUCACAGAGCUGGAUGAGAGAGAGCGAGAAGAGUUCUACAGGUUAAAGAAAAUACAGGAGAAGAAAAAGAUUCUAAAGGAAAAAUCUGAGAAGGAUUUGGAACACAGGAGAGCAGCUGGAGAAUUGUUGGAGCCUGCUAAUCUUCUGGCUGAAGAGAAGGAUGAGGAUCUUCUGUUUGAAUAAUCUUUCCUGUUCUGGUUCUUUCAGAAACCCUAACACUGGCUUCAUUUUAAUUCACAGGGUGUAGAUUUGAUCUUUAUCUAUUUAUCUUCUGGCCUAAGAAUUUCACUGGCUAUAAAAUUUACCUGGAUGUCUUAUUUAUGGGAUUACUUUUGCAGAAUCAUAAUUUAGCAACCAUUCAUCAUGGAUGAAAGAGAUCUAUAAAACCUGCCCAGGAACUUACAGAAUUUACUCUGCAAAAGUGUUAUCAUCCUCCAUUUACAUCUGUGUUACAUGUGAUCUGCUUACCAAGCAUAUUAGGAAAUACCUCUUAGGAAGCAUUAGUGGUCUCAGGCCAAUUACUGUGGAGCAGCUUUCAUUCCUACCCAGUUGCAAACCUUGGCGCUGUUGUCUGAGAUUGCUGCAGCUAUUCUUGUGUUACCAUAGUACUUCUCCAGCUUUAUGAAAACCUGCACUUACUUUUCCUUGCAUGACAGGUCCCUGUCUUGUCUGUCAUGGGAACAGUUCUGCCAAUUUAAAUGUGACUGUGGUAUAAACAGAGUAAAAUGAUUUAAAAAUAAGUCAUUCCUUUUUUAUUAAUUUACUAUUAAGUCAUGUUCUCAUGCUCAGAUCAGCCAGAGCUUUCCCUGCAGACAUGUAGGAAGUGGGUAGUCAUUUCCCCCUUCCAUAUAUCAGUGUUUUACAAAAAGGCUUACUUUGAGACAACUGUUGCAUUUGGGGGUACCAAUAAAUGAUUGUCGAUAAGUUA